CGCGAAAACACCCGGCUCCCGAUCCAAUUCCGUGCACGGACCACCAUAUUUUUAAAUCCCCUUGUUUUUAUUGCCCCCAAAUUCACAGUUUUCGUCGCGUAAAAUUAUUACCGUUGUGUACAACUGAUUACCCGUUGUGGAAAAUAUUUGGAAAGCAUUUGGUUGGUGAAUUAAUAUCGUAGGGUUUGAUAGCAAAAUUGAUAUCAUAGCGCGUGAUCGGGGGCCGCCUUGACACGGGUUGCGGAACAAAAGCUGUAGUGAACAGCAGAUUCUCCAUUCGGCUUGUUGUAGGUACGUGGCGUUGGACCGUGCGCCUGGACUGUUCAAGCUAACAUUACCACCUAAACAGGCGCACACAGCAGCCGGAGCCACCACUAGAUGGGGGAUCUCGAUCUCGGUCUUCAACUGAACACAACAAGUACUCACUCCCGGGCUCUGUCACCUCUGGAACUAUACCCGGACGCGAGCACUGCCUCUUUGUUUUCACCGCUGUCUCCGAGCCCUACCCAGACCAUGCAAGAUGAUUUGCUGGCAGAAAAAUCGGCUGCUAAGCAGCCAACGCCACAACAGCUCUCGCCGAAUUCCGAACAAGCUACAGACAACCUGGAGGAUCAGCUUUCUCCGGGGAGAAAGUCUCGAUCGCCGGACCCGAGCCCUGUGAGUAAGGAGAAUGCGGUGAACAAGCAACAGAACCACCACCAACAUCAGCCGCCGCCGCUACAGACACAGACCAUCGAGUCCCCUCUCCAGCUCGGCUGGCAGGACCCAACCGUCACUUCACCAACCAACUUCUGGUCCUCAGCCGCAGCAGAGGACGGCUUCAUGCAGGGUAUCCCAACCUUGAACGGUACCAUUCACUUCCAAAACUUCCCCGGCCCGGCCCCCGGUCCGAGCCCGUUGUUCGGGGGAAGCCAGCUCGCUCCUCAGAUAACCUUGCCGGCUGGGACAGCUCCUGGCCAGCAACGUCGGUCACCCAGUCAACAAGCUCACGGUUUUCCUCGUCAAACCCAACCCAACAUGUUUUUGCAGAAUAAAUCUGGUUCGUUUUCAGUCUGGAAUAGCCCACAACCGGCGAGUAUGUGGAGCUCCACGCCGGCUCAGAGCUUCAACCCGUGGGGGACCUCGGGGCAGCAGCGCCGGUCUAUGGCCGCUACCGGGACCCCCGGGCCCAUCGCACCGAUCAAGAAGCAGCAGCAAGCGCCUAACGUCUUCGCCAAGACUUAUCGACGCUCGGCUUCCCUGCCAGCUAAAGGGCCGUUUCCUCAAGGUACAGCUCCCUUCGACUUCACGGGAGGAGACGACAUAUUUCGGACGGACAUGUACGGAGUACAGGCAUGGCAACAGGAGCGACAGCAGAGCGGACUGGACAACAUGCGCUUCAUGGAACACCAACUGCUGGACAUCAUCCGCAACCCAGUGGACCCGGCCGAACACUACAAAGUUAACAAUGUUGCACAGAUGACGGAGGGUUGGAUACCACGAGGGCAGGGUGAGUGGAGAGCUCGGACUUAUGGACGAAGACGAGAUAAUUACGACGGUCACUGUAGUGAUCAGAUUGUCCCAAGCGUGAACUCGCCGUCGCGAGGCUCACCGCAUAGCUCAGGGGGAUCGGACAGCGGAGAACGGUUCUCCCGCAAGGUGUUUGUCGGCGGACUGCCGCCAGACAUCGAUGAAGAGGAGAUAACAGCAAGCUUUCGACGCUUUGGUCCGCUGGUGGUGGACUGGCCGCACAAAGCUGAGAGCAAGUCCUACUUCCCUCCCAAAGGGUAUGCAUUCCUGCUGUUCCAAGAUGAGCGCUCCGUCCAGGCCCUGAUUGACGCGUGCAUCAAGGAGGAUGACAAGCUGUACUACUGUGUGUCCAGCCCCACCAUGAAGGACAAGCCAGUGCAGAUUCGACCGUGGAAUCUUGCUGACAGUGACUUUGUCAUGGAUGGGUCACAACCGCUGGACCCGCGCAAGACAAUCUUUGUAGGGGGAGUCCCCAGACCUUUGCGUGCUGUGGAGCUGGCCAUGAUAAUGGACCGUCUGUACGGCGGGGUCUGCUACGCGGGAAUCGACACCGAUCCCGAGCUCAAGUACCCCAAGGGCGCCGGGCGGGUGGCGUUCUCCAACCAGCAGAGCUACAUCGCCGCCAUCUCCGCCCGCUUCGUGCAACUCCAGCACGGAGACAUUGACAAGAGGGUAGGAAGAAAACUGGUCGAGGUGAAACCGUACGUGCUGGACGACCAGAUGUGCGACGAGUGUCAGGGUGCACGUUGCGGCGGCAAGUUUGCACCGUUCUUCUGUGCCAAUGUGACCUGCUUGCAGUACUACUGCGAACACUGCUGGGCCAACAUCCACUCCCGCGCUGGACGCGAGUUCCACAAGCCCCUGGUGAAGGAAGGCGCCGACCGGCCGCGCGCCGUCCCCUUCCGCUGGUGUUGAUCGGAGCAGUUUGCAGUGCUGUUGGCCAGUGCACGAACACACACACACACACAAAAAAACACACACACACUACACACAAUCAUACCACCCUCCCUAACUUCACACAUACACACAUCUUCGAACAGGAACUCACAAGUGAGUCCUGUAACACAAAGAAACCAUCCUAAUAACCUAGAGUACCUCCAGAGCUCCCAUCUCUCUCAGGGAGCGGUGUUCAUCUUGCCUAAAGGCUAUUCUCUGUACCUCCAGUGUCGUUGUUACAUGAAUACAUACAUACAUACACACAUACAAACCCUAAGGAGGUUAUAGAGGUAAACUUCUGCCUAUAACCUGGUUUAUGUUGAAAUGGAAGUCACGAGGUCUGUCUUAUCCUAAAGCAUCAAAUGUACAAGUCUUUUUCUCUUUUCACUCGUCAUUCACAUCCAUUCCUAUAUACAUGGUGGGUGUUCCUCUGUUUUAGACUACAUGUGUCUUUGUCAUGUUCAUGUAUACACAUCUUGCACACACACACAACACACACACACACACACACAACACACGUACACAUGUACAAUCAAUCAGACACAUGUGUUUGUGUGCACACACAUACAUACGCACACGCAUACACAUACGCACACGCAUGCACGCACGCACACACACACACGAGUUCAGUCCUUCUCCAUAUAAACCAAAGGAAUAUAAUGGUUGGACUGCCACAGAGAGAGACAGUAACAGGGUGGGUGCAACAAGAAAUGGUCAGGAACAGGGAAUCCACUACUCAUACUAACCAGGAUACGUAGUUAACAUUCAGGCAUAAUACUAUAUUUAAUCUCCAAUAGAGGUCGUCAUGGUUACAUUACCAAAGAUUCAGCCUUUGUGAAACCAAUGCAGACUUAGAGCCAGGCUACGAAAGAUCCGUAAGGCCGACUAGCUUACCAAGCAAGUUGAAGAAACACAUACCGUAAGUAAGGCUGUUAGUUACUUACCCCAAAAAAACACAAUACCUCCGCAAGGCCCUGUGUAGGCCUGCGGUGACCGAAAACAGCAUGUUGAUGUGGAAAUCUCCGUGGGUGGCUCUAUUAUAAUCGUUGAUGUAUUGGCCUGUGAUAUUUAUCAAGAGCAUGGUUGCCACUCCUGUAGCCCAAAAAAGAAGAAGAAAAAAAAAGCACAAGUAGUUUGAUAAAUGGAGCACUAUAUAGGACAAUACUACCUGUAGAAAACCAUGACUCCUGUGAUAUUGUGUGUAGCCACGUCACCUAUGGUAGGAAGAAAGGUGAUCCAACAUUGUUCAGGGACAGGGAUAACGUAGACUUUAGCUCCUCUACUACUACGGUUCUUAGUAGAAUCUUUCCAAUCAACUAUCUCGUGCACAACGGAUGUGCAAGUAAGUUUUUGCUGCUGCAUGCACAGAUCAGGGUUUGUUCUGAACUAGUGCUAAUUAAUUAAUAAUAACAGUAUCCGACUUGGUAAUUAGCUUGACUAAUUAGCAAGUAUUUACUCUGUGCAAUGUUUUUUUCGUCUUCACAGUUAGGGUGCUUCUCUAUACGGUAGAUGCUUUUUGAAAGGAACAGAUGUAGGUAUAAUAUUGUAUGGAUACCUAGUAGGGAAUGAUACUGUAGCAUCUACUCCAAUGUUGUUAUAUAUAUAUCUAUAUACCUUCCAAUCCCCGCUGGACUGCUUAUAUAGGGGUGAGGGAAUGGUGUGGUGAGUGCAACUUCACUUUGAAGUUCUCUCACUCAGGGAACCUGUUCCGAGUUGGAAGGGCACUGUAUUCACGCCGGCGCGUACGUAGCGUCGCCGCGUGGGUCACAAUGCCUCCGGAAAGACGAGGUAACGCUAUAUUUUCUAGUAUCAAAAUCUAGAGGUUGUCACAUGUUCCAACAGUAUUUGAUGUUCUAUAGGGUGUCUAAUCUGCCUUUCACCGUUUGUAUACACUUUGCGGUAAAAAAAAAAAGAAAUAUUCUUUGAGGAAAGGUUCCGAUUUUUUAGCAGAUAGCACAUAUUCUUACAGCCUACUUUUUUACUGGUGACUGUGAAAAACUUUUUAGGCAGGCUUUCCACCUAUGUACCAUUUGCAAUACCUCAAGGUUUUCCAGAAUUUGAGCAAAUAGAUAUUUUGAAGUUUAUUCUUGAAAGUUAGGAAUGAGAGUAUUAAUUUAAUUCUGCAGAUGAUUUAAAGAGAAGAUGUGGGUAAUUUUAUUUUUCUUGUAUUGUUCUGCUUUUUGCAUAUGAAAACUGGAAAGCUUUAAACUUUUUUAUUAUAUAGCUAGUUAUUCAGAGUAAUAUAUCUUGAGGGAACUUUGUAAGAAAUGUUACAUUUUCUCAAGAUUUAUAAUAUUCCAUUUUUGUAUUACAAAAUAGAUGGAUUUUGAUGAUGAGCACUCUCAUGUUCGGGGUAUACAUUUUUGCAUGGUUUCUUGUAUUACUAUAUACCCAUGUGGUGCUAUUCAAGCAUAUCUGUGUAACCAAUGGUUGAACAUACUACAAGAUUUCACCAAUGUUGAUGUGACGUGUUUUAGCACACAUCACUAUAAUUGUGGUAUUGACUUUAAUGUGCAAUACAGAAGAACAAUGUUUGUGGGGACAGAUUUUCAAGUCUGUUUUGCUAAAGAUUUCCUGAGUUAUACAAUUAUUUGUAUACCCACUGGAGCAAAUUUCUAGCAACAAUUGUAAUGGGCAAUGUUUGAAAUAUCACUGUUUGUUCCGCAUUAUUACUGCUAGACGUAGAGAGAGAGAAAAAAAUUCAAAGGCUACACAGAAUGUUUUGCUAUGUAGACUUUGUAGAUUUGAUGUUUCAUACUUUUUUGGAAUGUAUAAUUAGUAUAUGAGAGGUUCUUAAAAGAUUUAUUUUCACUUGUUGUAUGAAGAGAUACGUUUCGUAAUUUGUGAGCAUAUCUUAGACCUUGUGCCUAGUGACAGAAUUGGGCCUGGAUGUUUCAAGUUUCUGGUGGUUGAUGAUCAAUCUUGUGGAAGAUAAUUAACUUGCGGUGUUUGCUACUCAAAGAGUUUGCUGUUUGUUGCCAACUUUAUAAUUUUGUUUUUAUGUAUAUGGGGAGUUCUUGUUUCUGUUAGUAUUUUUUCAAAUAAAUGCAGAAUAUUAAAGUUUCUAUGUUUUUCAAAAAAAAAAAUUUCAAGUGUACAGUCAGAUGAGUCGGAGUAAUUUUGAUCCACAAUAUUUAUUCUCCUAGAGGAAUUUAUAGUUAAUUGAUAACACAAUUGUUGAUACCUUUUGCUGCUGAGUAUUUAUACAAUUGCAAUCUAUGAAAAUACCCUCCAAGAUUUCUGUAGCUCUGGAAGUGGUACAAUAAAGCACAUUCUAGACAA